UUAACAUUGACAAAUUGAACGUAAAAUAAUUGUAGUAGUUGUCAUGUAUCAUGCCGUAGUUCAAAUGUUUGAAUCCAAUUUAACCUACUUAAUAUUUUCAUUUCUUGUUGAUCUCUCGUUUAUAUUUUGGGUGAUUUCGGUGUUUGCUCCCCUUCAAACACCCAAAAUUGCAGUGUUUUUUGAAAAAUUGAGGUUAUGGCACGCCCCAACACAAUUUUCGACUCAGCUCAUAAAGGUGAUUUCGAACUUGUAAAAACCAAAUUGGAGGAAGACCCUACUUUGUUAACAAAAGUGGACGAAAAUGAGCGACUUUUGUUGCACUGGUGUUGCGUGGGGGGUAAUUACAAACUCGCCACACAUUUAAUCGAAUUGGGGUCCCCAAUCGACGCCCGCGACGACACCGAUACAACCCCCUUGAUCCUUGCAGCCUCGGCAGGCCAUACCGAAAUCGUGAGUCUUUUGCUCGAAAAGGGGGCCAAUGUGAACCAGCAGUCGGGUGAGGGGCACUCUGCUUUGCAAUACGCCGCCUCCAAAGGCUGGUUUUCGAUUUGUGCCAAGCUUCUCGAAUAUAAAGCCAAUGUUAAUAUAAGUGAUAAACGGGGGGCUACUCCACUACAUCGAGCCGCUUCUAAGGGUAAUCUAGAGAUUGUCAGACUGUUAAUUGAUAGCCCCCAACGUUUAAUAAUCAAUUCACGUGACGCUUAUGGUUUUACACCACUUCAUUUGGCUUGUGAGGAGGAUCGACAAGAUGUUGCGAAAUUAUUGGUCCAAAAUGGGGGCGAUUUGGAGACGAAAAAUCGAGAUGGGCAAACGCCCCUUGAUUUGUGUACAAUGCAUUUGAAAAAAGCGCUCGAAAUUAUCAAAUCAAAGAUACAAUAAAUUUUUUGUGACUCAGCAA